AUGAACGCUCGUAUGGUUUGUUGGAAUUUCGCCUUUUUAAUUUUUGUUAUGGCAAAGAAGAAAUUGAAAGAGCAAGAAAUUAUUCAACGAACAUUAAAAGAUUAUGAUUGGCGUGUACGACCACGUGGUGGUAAUCUUUCUUGGCCAGAUACGGGUGGUCCAGUUUUGGUCUCUGUAAACAUUUAUUUACGGUCAAUUUCAAAAAUUGAUGAUGUUAAUAUGGAAUACAGCGCACAAUUCACGUUUCGUGAAGAAUGGCAUGAUGCACGGUUAGCGUAUGAACGUUUGGCAGACGAGAAUACGCAAGUACCACCGUUUGUGGUAUUGACAGCCAGUGAACACGCUGAUUUAACGCAACAAAUUUGGAUGCCAGAUACAUUCUUCCAGAAUGAAAAAGAAGCAAGGAGGCAUCUUAUUGACAAACCUAAUGUACUUAUUAGAAUACAUUCAAAUGGUCAAAUAUUAUACAGUGUUAGGCUUUCAUUAGUAUUGUCAUGUCCGAUGUCGUUAGAAUAUUAUCCGUUGGAUCGACAAACAUGUCUUAUUGAUCUUGCAAGUUAUGCUUAUACCACUGAUGAUAUUAAAUACGAAUGGAAAUUAACGAAUCCAAUACAACAGAAAGAAGGCUUAAGGCAAAGUUUACCAAGUUUUGAGCUUCAAGAUGUUCUAACGGAUUACUGUACGAGUAAAACAAAUACAGGUGAAUAUAGCUGCUUGAGGACAAAAAUGAUUUUACGACGCGAAUUCAGCUAUUACCUUUUACAGCUCUAUAUACCUUCAUUUAUGCUGGUCAUCGUAUCAUGGGUCAGUUUUUGGCUCGACAAGGAUUCAGUGCCUGCUCGUGUGACCCUUGGUGUAACAACACUUCUAACGAUGACCACACAAAGUUCGGGUAUCAAUGCUAAACUUCCCCCUGUUUCCUAUACAAAGGCUAUAGAUGUUUGGAUUGGUGUUUGCUUAGCCUUCAUUUUUGGUGCAUUGCUUGAAUUUGCCUUGGUCAAUUAUGCAGCAAGAAAGGAUAUAGCUAUCAGCCAUCGAACGUUAUCAAAAUAUACCAGUCAUAUGGAUUACUCAUCCGGUUAUCAACCUUUAGUAUCAGCAACGACUACGAUAUCACCUUUCCGUUCUUGGUGGUGUCUUCGGCUAUUUUUCCGACGCUACAAAGAACGCUCCAAGCGAAUUGACGUUGUUUCACGCUUGGUAUUUCCGAUUGGUUACGCUUGCUUCAACGGUGAAUACAGUUGUGCUCGUGUUAUGCUACUUCUUCGUCGUGAAUACAGUUAUUAUUUAAUUCAGCUUUAUAUACCAUGUAUUAUGCUGGUCGUGGUCUCAUGGGUUUCAUUUUGGCUCGAUAAGGAUGCAGUACCUGCUCGUGUAUCAUUAGGUGUAACAACAUUGCUAACAAUGACAACACAAGCAUCAGGUAUUAAUGCUAAACUUCCACCUGUAUCAUAUAUCAAAGCAGUUGAUGUAUGGAUCGGUGUAUGUUUGGCAUUUAUUUUUGGAGCUCUAUUAGAGUAUGCAUUGGUCAAUUAUUAUGGAAGACAGGAAUUUUUAAAGAAAGAGAAAAGAAAGAAGAAAACUGAAUUCAAGGAUUGCUUAUGUCCAUCCGAUUAUCUCUUUAAUCAGGAUAUAAGAGAAUCAUUACGUUUAAAUAUGAAAGCGUAUAAAAGAAAAUGGCGGACAAAACUUUGGUUUAGUAGAUAUUUCCGUAAUAAUAUUGAAGUUAGCAAACGUAUUGAUCUCAUUUCACGAUUCGCAUUUCCAAUCUGUUUUACUUGUUUCCUUGGUGAGCCAUUUAUGAUCUAUUUGUUAAAAUAA